AUGUCUUCCCUCAACACCGAGGAUACCCCCCAAGAACCCUCGCUCUCGUCCUCAAGCUCCAAGAAGAAAAAGAAGAAAAGAAAGUGGCCUCAGCAAGAGGCCACCAUCCAAGCCCUCACCAGGGCUGGCCACAGGGCCCUAUUGGCUGGCCGGAACCAUGAGGCCUUGACCAGCUUCCAGAGGGCCUUCCUCCUGGCUUCCAAGUCACCAAAAACCAGAGACACCCCUGUUCUCCAGGCCUGUGCCUUCAACCUUGGGGCCGCCUACGUGGAGACUGGGGACCCAGCCAGAGGCCUUGAGCUGCUCCUAUGUGCUCACCCUCAAGAGACGGCCCAGGGCGGGUAUCAUGGCGACCAGUGUUUCAAUGUGGCUUUGGCCUACCAUGCCCUGGGUGACCUGCCUCAAGCUUUGGCCUGGUACCACAAGGCCCUGUGCCACUACCAGCCACUAGGUGACCAGGGACAAGCCCAGGCAAAAAUGGGAGCCUGCUACCGAGCUCUGGGACAGCCUGGGCUAGCAGCCCACUGCCUGCAAGAAGCAAGCCGGGCCUAUGCCCAAGCAGGGCAGCCCCAGGCUGCAGCCCUGACAUUGGGGGCUGCGGCGGGGUGUAUGCUGAAGAGCGGGCAGCAUGGGGUGGGUGAAGUCAUGCAGGUGCUGGAGGAAAGUCGGAGGCUUGCUGAGAGAAGCACUGAGCGGGGACUCCUGGGGCAACUCUAUAACGAUCUAGGCCUGGGCUACUCCCAGCUCCAGCUGUUCCCGCUAGCAGUAGAGGCCUUCCUGCAAGCCCUGCCCCUGUGCCGGGAGCCAGGAGAGGAGGCCACAGUGCUAAGGAACCUUGGGAUGGCCCACAAUGCCCUCGGCAACUAUCAGGAAGCCCGGGAGUUCCACCAGAAGGCUGCUGACCUGCACGGCUCUGUGGGGCAGCGGAGGGAGCAGGGCUGGAGCUUUGGCAGCCUGGCAUUUGCAGUGAGCCAGCUGGGAGACCACAAGGCCGCCAGAGACAACUACCUACAUGCCCUGCAGGCUGCCCGGGACACUGGGGACGUGAAGGGGCAAUGGCAGGCCUGUGAGGGUCUGGGGGCUGCUGCAGCCAGACUGGGACAGCAUGACCAGGCUCUGAAGUACUAUAAGGAAGCGCUGGCCCGGUGUCCGGAGUCAGAUUCUGUGCGAGAGCGGCUGGUGGCCAAGCUGACAGAUGCCGUAAGGACCCACUUGGCCUGGGGUGGGCUGCUUCCAACUCACACCCUGACCUCAGCUCCAGGGAGAUCCCUGGCUCCAGGUGGAGCCAGCCUGAUGGAAGGGACCCCAGCCAGGGUAGGCAGGGGCACACCAGGAGUGCAGCAUAGAUCUUCCGGUGGGUGGGAAGAUGAGUUAGAGGAAGGCCACGAGGGGAAAGAGGAAGAGUCGGUGAAUGUUCCCACGACAACUCGGGCACCAAGGCUGGAGGGCCCAAGACCCAAGGCCCAUCUCUCAUUUGGAGGCCAAGGCCCCCUCAGAAUGGAGAACUCUGGCCUUCUGGUACCCAAUGGGCCCCGUGGCAAUAGCAGUCUGCACAACCUUCACCCAGCUCUGGAGGUCCAGAGUGUCCCCCGCCUUCUGCAUGGCCUGAGUGUAGACCUCAGUGAAAGGGAGAAUCCUGCUGAAUGGGGGAACACACGGCUUCAGCAUACUCCCCACUGCCCUGGAGCCCACCAGCAGAGGUCAUUCAAACAGCCCAGGGAACGCCCUGGCAGGAACCCUCAGAGAUCCAUGGAGUCUGGCUUCUGCAUAAUCAUGUGA